CCAUCUAGAAUCAAGUCAUCAACCCAUGCUAAUCCUUUACCAAAUGUAGCCUAAUCUUUCGUAUCUACACUAUCAAUUUAAUUCCAUAUAUCCUCCUAAUUCACUUCACCAUCUCGCAUAUCUUUCAAAUCAAUAUUUUCCUUCUCAACAUUGAUUUCAGCGCGUGUGAGAGUUUGAAUUCCAAAUAAAAAAACAUCAAUAGAGUGAAAGGGGGAAAGGGUGCGGCAAUGGAUGCUCUACGAUUCUAACAAGGCGAUAAGGAGGAAAGACGAAAAUGCCCGCUGUUUGGUUCGCUUUGAGGAGGACAAUGAAAUGCAGAUCAGAGCAAACCGACGUCCAUGAUCCCGAUGCGGCGGCGAGCAGCAAUCUGAGCAAUAUCUCGACGAAGAGGUCGAGCGCCCGGUCCGGUUGUUCGAGGUCGAUUUCGAAUCUGAAAGACGUGAUCAACGGCAGCAAGAGACACAUGGAGAAGCCCGCAAUCUGCAGCCCGAGAUCCAUCGGAAGCAGCGAGCUUCUCAACCCGAUCACUCACCAGGUCAUGCUCGACAGCGCCACGUGUGAGCUCAAAAUCAGCGGCGCAUACGGCGCCUCUGAUUUUGUCGGAGUACUGAAGCCGCUCGGCCAGGGCACCAGCCCUGGCCGAAGGUCGUCAAGUAGAAGGGGUGGUGUUUCUUCCACAAGGACGAGAUCUUCAUUCGGAGGCCUCUUCUGCCCCAAAUGUGGCGACCACUUUGUCAGAUGGGAAGCUCUCGAGGCGCAUCACCUCUCCAAACACGCAGUUAGUGAAGUAGGCGAGGGAGACUCUUCUAGAAGGAUCGUGGAGAUAAUCUGUCGAGCGAGGCCGGACAGUGCUCGGACCGGAAUCGAGAGGAUUCUGAAAGUGCACAACAUGCAGAAGACAUUGGCACAAUUUGAGGAGUAUCGAGAAGUGGUGAAAAUCAGAGCGAGCAAACUAGCUAAAAAGCAUCCGCGUUGCCUGGCCGAUGGGAACGAGCUGCUGAGAUUCCACGGCGCGAUGCUGGAGUGCCCUCUCGGCGCGAAGGGGUCAGCCAGCCUCUGCGCGUCCGAGAAAUGCAGGGUGUGCCGGAUUCUACAGGACGGGUUCGUGGGAAGGAAAGAGGGAGUGUUCACGGCCUCAACGAGCAGCAGAGCGAUCGAAAUGGUGGAAGGGGAUUCGUCGCUGAGGAAGGCACUCAUAGUUUGUAGAGUGAUAGCGGGAAGGGUGCAUAGGCCGCUGGAGAGUAUUGAGGAAAUGGUUUCUCAGUCAGGUUUUGAUUCGGUUGCUGGGAAAGUGGGGGCUCAUUCCAACAUUGAAGAGCUGUAUUUGCUCAGCGCAAGAGCUCUGCUUCCUUGCUUUGUAGUCAUAUACAAAUGUUGAACUUGAACAUAAAUUUGAUUUGCCUUCCUUCCACUUGAGUUUUUCAUUCUAUCAACUCUGCUAUAUUCGUUAUACUCCAUUCUUUCGCCCAAAGACAGGGUUGAUUUAGUAUAAUUCUCUUCACUGGAUA